CCUCUUACUGCGUGUCUCCAGAAGGUGGCGCAGUUUGCGGACAGCCUCGGUGGAAGCAGUCACACAGGGCGAUGUCACCUGUCCGCUCCCCAACAUCCAGCUGCAACAAAAACACCUGGAUCAGCUUCUGCGCGGCAUCGUUCACGGGCGGCUUUCGGAUCAGCUGAGUCCACUUCAGGAGCACCAUGGCGACUCAGCCAGCUCCACAGUCUAUCCUGAGGGAGUUCUGCCCACUCUACUAUCUGCUGAAUGCCAUCCCAGCCAAGGUGCAGCGGGGCUUCAGGUCAGUUCUGGUCUACCUGACGGCUCUGGACAGCAGCAGUGACUUCCUGGCUGUGGGCAGCAGCAUUGGCAUGCUCUACCUGUACUGUCGCCGCCUUGCACACCUGAACAAGUACAGCCUGGAGGGGAAGUGUGAUGCGAUCACAGCUGUGAAGCUGCUCAGCUGUUUUGAUGACCUGGUUGCAGUGGGAACCUCUUCAGGUCGGGUUGCAGUCUUUCAGCUGGUAUCUCCACUUCCCGGACGCAACAAACAGCUGCGGCGUUUCGAUGUGAUCGGACUCCAUAAGGGCUCCGUCACUGCUUUGGCAUGGAGCACAAAUGGGAUGAAGCUUUUCUCUGGUGAUGACAAAGGACGAGUUGUGUUCACCUCUCUGGACUUGGACCAGGGUGUGUGUAAACCUGUGCUGUUGCUGGAGGAAUCCUCAGGUGUGGUUCAGAUGGAGUACAGUCACCAGGUGCUGUUGGUGUCAACACAGCAGAGAUCCCUGCUUUACUGCACACAGAAACAAGAAGUCCUGCAGCUGGGCACCAAGCCCCGAAAGAGCAGUGGACGGUUUGGCGCCUGCUUCCUGCCCGCUCUCUGUAAACAGAGUGACCUUCAGGUGUUUGCUGCUCGACCUGGACUUAGACUGUGGAGAUCUGACAUCAGAGGACAGGUGGAGGACACACGGCUGCUCAAACCACUCUUCAACUCACAGAUACCUCAGUUUGAGUUGUUUCCUCGUCCCGACCCAAUCGGAGCCUACCGUCCAGCAGACCACCAGCUCGGACUGCUCAGCUGUUUCCUGAAAGAGGGCUGGAUCCUUAGCUGGAACGAGUACAGCAUCUAUGUCCUGGACUAUCUAAACCAGGUGAUUGUCGGAGCGUUGGAGAGCAGCGGAGACAUUGUGUCCGUCUCCUGCUGUGACAAUGAAAUCUUCAUCCUGAAAGGAGACCGAGACAUCAUCCGCCUGUCCAACAGCCCCGAGGGACUCGCCUCCAACUUGUCGGAGCUCUCCGUCCGACUGGCCUCACCUUUGACCACGCCCACCAUACUCCGACCAGUUGGAUCAGUGGAAACAGCUCAGCCAAUCAGAACCAUGGCCAUCAUCGUAGAGGGAGGGGGGAUGGAAGAGGGAGGAGGAGGGGGGGAGAGAUUCUGUGAGGCAAAGGCAGAAGAGGAUGAGGAGGGAGGAGUGGAGGAGGUGGAGGAGGCAGAGGAGGACCAGGUGGAGGUGCCCGAGCUUGACCAGCGUUGCGGUUUGUUCGCCAGCAGCUCUCGGAGCCGCAGCAGUUCUGUCACGUCCUGGGAUGGUCUCAAUGGAAAUGCCACAGUGAGCAGUUCCUGCGAGCUGACCCCCAGACGCUACAGCGCCCCCCUGGGUCAGGAGGAGAUGCAGCAGGAGCUGGUGGUGAAGGCCAUCAGAGUGAAGAAGAAGAAAAGGAGACGACAAGACAGUGGCAGUACGACCCGCCUCUCUGAGAGCAGCUGUUCAGACUCCAUGUUUGUAGUCCAGGACGGCAGUGUCAGCGAUGGAGAAAGUGGAACUCCUCUGAGUGACCGGGCCUCCCUCGUCGGUGUGGACCUUCAGAACCAGGACUCUCCAGAACACAACCCAGACCAGGACUCCCAGGACACCGGAGGCUCAGAGAGAGGCGUGAAGGAUGAAGAGGAGGUGAAGUCUUCCUCCAGUCAGCCUGGCUCGCUGUUCCUCCUGGGUCUACAGAACCAACUGGACCCUGGUCCUGAUCCUGACAUUGUCCCCCCGACCCCUGAUGUGGAUCUACUGCUGGAGUGCACCUUCUCCUACAUGCAGAAUGCUGAGAAGGAGGGUCCGGAUCAUCAGCUGGUUGAGGAAGAUGAGUUUCUGAGCCCUCUGAUUGGACCAGAGGAGGAAGAGGAGGAGGAUGAUGACCUGGCGCCCCCUGCUGGUGUGGUAAACCAAAUGUUUUACUCCACCGUGUCCACUUUGGACAGAAAGCCCAGUUUGUCCAGUGACGAAGAAGAAGACAUCUACGGCCACACGCUGGCUCCUGCUGGCAGCGCAGCAGACGUCAUCACCUCUCUGACUAAUCAGACAGAGAAGGCCGGAGACCAGGACACCCAGGACAGAGACCGACUCAAACCUGACCAGUUGGCAGAGAGCUGGAUGGGAUACUCAGGACCAGGUUGUGGGAUACUGAGCCUGCAGGUGACGGACAGAUAUGUUUGGUGUCUGGAUUUUAAAGGCGGGCUGUUCUGCAGCCCUCUGCCUGAAACUGGUCUCACCUGGCAGCGCUUUGAGGAUAAUGUCCACCAGAUGGCAUUAUCAGCUUCAGGUAACCUGCUGUGGAAGGUGGAGCAGAAGACCCUGACGGCAUUCGCGUGUGCAAAGGUUUCGGUGAAAGGAAAGCGUCACUGGUACAAAGCCGUGGAACAGGCGGCCUUUGUUGCUCUGAGUGACGACUCCGCGUGGAUCAUCAGGACCAACGGGGAUCUCUUCCUGCAGACAGGUCUGAGCGUGGAGCGGCCCUGCGCUCGCUCCAUCAAGGUGGAGACUCCCUGCGUGUUUAGCCAGGUGUGUGUGAGGGCAGGUGUGGUGUGGGCACUGAGCGAGCACAAAGCUUUAUUCUACCGAGAAGGCCUGAACAGCUACUGCAGCGAGGGCGAAGGCUGGAAGUACGACACCGUCAGUGAAGCUCAGGGUCUGGAGUUAAUGUGCGUUGCUCUGGGAGACGGAGGGACGGCGUGGGCGCUGGAUGCCAGCGGCAGCCUCUGGUUUCGGACCGGAGUCUGUUCUUCCAGACCGCAGGGCGAGGAUGACCACUGGUGGCAGAUCAGCAUCUCAGACUACGUGGUCUUCGAUCAGGGAAGUCUGUUCCAGACCCUGCUGCAGGCCACGCAGAGUGUUGCCACGGUAACCAGGGCACCUGUGGAGCGUGUGGUGGCUUUCCUAUCACAGUACUCGCAGUGCCAGCCAAGCCUGGUCAGCGCCAAUGCCAGUGGAGUCUGGGUGGCCUCAGGACGGAACCAGCUGCAUUUGGCCCGCGGCAGCCUUGUGGGAACUUUCUGGCAGAACGUCGUUCCCAGAGGAACCGUCUCUGCCACCAGGUGGACCUUCAUCACAUCUUCAGCUGUGCCUCACAGAGAAGGUACGUUCCUGUGGCUGGCUCAGAGCAGGAAGGAUCUGUUCUGCGUUUGGGAUCAGGAUGGAGAGCUCCGCCCCUCAUCAGUUCUUUUACCACCUGAGGUGGAGCUCACACACCUGUCCUCCUGUCGGGACGCUCUGUGGGGGUUGGACAUCCAUGGCCGGGUCAGCAUUCGGACUCUGUCUCCGUCCUGUCCCACUGGUCUGCACUGGACCCCCCUGGACCUCAGUCAGCUCGGAAGUGUGCGUCUGGUCAGUGUGAGCUGCGGCAGUCAGAACGUGUGGGCCGUGGAUGGCCGAGGAGUCGUUUACUUCAGAGUCGGGACGCAGCCGCUGAACCCGAGCAUGAUGCUGCCCGCUUGGAUCCAGAUCGAACCACCUGUACAGCCAAUCGGAGUGCAGCUGGUGAGUAUUCAGACGAGUCCUAAUGACCGGCUCCUCUGGGCACUCGACAACAGAGGAAGCGUCUUUGUCAGGACCGGACUCAGUGACGAGAUGCCCGUGGGGACAGACUGGGAGCUGGUACCAGGUCUGGCUGUGAGUCAGCUGGUCCUCAGUUGUCGGACUGUGUGGGUUCGCUGUGUAAACGGCGAUCUGGCUCGCCGCUACGGCGUCUCCGACCGAAACCCAGCUGGAGAUUACUGGAAGAAGAUCCCUGGCAAUGCCAACUGGUUCACUGUAACUCCGGAGGACGAGUUGUGGGCGGUGACUGUGGUUGGUGGAUUGUCUCGUCGGCUGACAAAGCUCCUCCCCCAGACGCCCAGCAGACCCGCCCCUUCGGGCCCCGCUCUCGGAGGGGACGAUGUUGAUGAUGAAUGGGAGCUUAUCUGACCAGUGACAUCACAGUGUCACCUGGCCGGGUGCUGUGACACAUCACAUGACAACACUUCCUCUUCCCUUUGGGACAGACAGGAAGUGGGCUGUGUGAUGUGACAGCUGGACAAACAUGUGGGUCACUUCCUGUGAUGGCUGCCACUCAGGGAGGCCAGGUGGCUGCUGGGAAAUGACGUCAACUUUAUUUUAUUUUAUUUUUAACAGGAAGCACUUUAAUUGCAGAAGGGAGGGGUGGCCAUGCCGCCUGAGACCGGUUCUGACCAGUUCUCACUGGACCUAUUCUACUUGAUUCUCUUGGAUUCUAACUCGUUUAAACCUGUUCUAACUGGGUCGUUUUAACUGGGAUAUUAAAGGGACACCAUGUUGAAGCUGGUCCAGUUUCUUUCUCCUGGUUCAUUAAAAGUCUCAAUUACUGUGUUAACAGACAGGAGCUCCACCCACUGAGACAGAGGCAUGAAAAUAUGUAAAAAUGUAAAAAUCCCUCUGAAAUGGAAUCAAAUAUGUAAUUGGGGACUGUGGUGGGCUCUGGUACACUAAUGGACUGUGGUGGGCCUGCGGUGGGGCUCUGGCCUUGGCCGGGAUUUGUGUCUGAUGGACCUUAAAAAGCCUCCUCAUUGUCUGACAGUGUUGCCAUGGGAACCUGUUGUGGGUUGAUUGGCUGGCUGUUUGGCCAAUCAGAUUCAGUGUAAACUCACUUGCUGUGUUUGCUCCAUUAACUUAAUAAACAUGUU